GGCAAGUUCAGCUCUACAGGGGGGAAAGUCGGCUGGAGGAGGCGCUUUCAAGGUCGAUCUUCAGCUUGGAAAGAAGCACAAUUCCAAGAGUUGGAGCGGCUGACCCUGAGGGCAGAGUCUCGAGUCUGAGUGGGGCAGAAGGCAGAGCCAAGGCGACAAGAAAUUUACAUUGCAAAUUUGCUGAAGCCGUUAGUGGAUCUGCUGGUGGCCAACAAGAUGUCAUACAGAGGAGGCUACGGGAAUACCGGGUAUAGUGGUUCGGGGGGGUACUCUCGAGCUGGCAAUAGCCCAAUCGGCAGCCCCCCUGGGUCAGCAGGGAGCAGCGGCCGGAGCACGUCGCCCAUGCCUGGGAUACCGACAACUUUUCCGUCGUUGAGAGACAAGAGUGCGGAGGAGUUGCAACGGCUGCUGACGGACCCAAGCGCGUACAAGGCAUUCCUCAGCAGCAUCGAGAGCGUCAAACAUGCAGAAAAGUUGCGCGACGAUUUGCGCUCGAGCAACCUCGACCUCGCGCACCGCAACCUGGCGCGCGAGAACGAGGUGAGCGAGCUGCGCAACCAGUGCAACAUCAUCCGCACCACGGAGGUCGCCGCCGCGCGGCAACAGCUCGACGAGGCGCAGCGCCGCGAGAAGGCCAUCUCGUCGCGCUUCUCGCCGCAGUCCCUGCUCGACCGAUUACAUCGUGCCGCAAAGGAGAUAGACGAGGAGUCUGAUAACCUGCACGACGACUUUCUCAGGGGGAGGAUCGAGUUGUCGGAGUUCAUGCCCAAGUAUAAGCAGUUGCGCAUCCUGUACCAUAAACGGCAACUAAUGCGGCUCGCUGCAAUGACCAGUCCCACGUGAAGAUUCGUCUUGAAUUCCAGAAAUAAGCGGGGUUUGGAAACUCAAGCUGGAGGCUCGUUCACCCUAUCCGUUUGUCCCGCUGUUGAACAAGCUUGCUUACCAUUUGUGUAUAAAGUCCUGAAACAGGAACAUUCCGAUCUCUAUAUUGCCGUUUAAAAUUCGUCGUUGCUUGGUGAAGAAUUCUGGUGUAUAACAU